AUGUCUACUGAAGAGAUGACACUCGCAGAGAUGAAAGCAGCCUACGAAAAGGCCCAAGCAGAGCUGGCCCAAGAAAGGGAAUCCACUGAAACCUUGCAAAAGGAGCUCGAUUCUGUGAAGAGCUCAAAAUACCAGUCGCGUUUCAAGAUUGGUGGGAAGCCGAGGAAGAUAACAUUCGAGAUGCCCGACGAUUUCGAAGAUCUGACCGACGGCGAAGAAGAGCCCCAAGGUGAGGAAGACGGAUCGAACCCAGACCCGGUGACCCAGCGCCUGAACAAGAUGGACGCCUGCAUGACGAAGCAUUACUCUCGCCUGAUGAAGCUAAUGAUCAAGCUACCCGGAGCACCCACACCAGUAGAGACCGAACCAACCGACGGGUAUGCGGCGUCACCAUUCUGUGAAGCGAUCGCCAGAGUAACGGUCCCACACACACUUCGACUCCCUACCUGGACCACCCUGUAUGAUGGAACGUCUGAUCCUUACCGGCACGUCAAAUUCUACAAGCAGCGCAUGUGGCAGAUCGGAAUCCCAUACGAUUUGGUCGAGCCUGUCAUGUGCAAGUCGUUCGGCGGUACCCUCGACGGAGCAGCUCUGGAAUGGCUCAUGAACGUCGCCCCUGGAUCCAUUUCUUGCCUGUCCGACCUAAUCAAUGCUUUUUAUCAGCAGUUCGCCAGCAGUCGCCAAUUGGAAAAGCAAACCAGUGACCUCUAUCGGUUGGUUCAAGGACCAACCGAGUCGGUACGCGAUUACUUUAACCGCUUUAAUUGUGAAAAAAUUAGUAUAAAAAACUGUGAUGUCAGGACAGCUAUCGAGGCAUUCAAAAGAGGUCUCAUCCCCAACUCGGAGCUGUACCGGGAAAUAACCAAGUACCCCUGUGCAACCUUCGAGGAGGUGAGAUCGAGAUCCACCGCCGAAAUGCGGAUUGAAGACGACGAGGUCAUCCGAACAGCGUCCCAACGCUCAACAGGGGGCAGCAGCGACAGGAGAUCGUACACCCCAAGGAGUAGCAGCUGGCGACACCAGCCGUAUAACCGGCAGAACCAGGUACAAAAUGUCAAUCAAUACGAUGACACUAACAAUGUUUACAGGAAUGAACGGGUCGUUUAUCCCCCCAUCUCUGAGUAUGGCUUCAACGUCGACAUCGGGGGCGUGGUAAACGCCCUUCAAAAUGUAGGUGGUACCGUCAGAUGGCCUAAGAAGAGCGACAGACCAGACUCCAUGAAGGACAUGAGCAGGUGGUGCGACUUCCACCGCGACAAUGGCCACACAACCGAGGAAUGCAUCUCCCUCAAAAGGAGGUAG